UCCGGAAAAAUCGUCUGUCGAUGAGUAAAUGCAUAUCCGUUUGAGACUUGGAUAAUUCAAAGUCGCUGUGUGGUUGUUGCGAUUAAUACAGCCUUUUUGACUAAGCGUGUUGUCUCAUCAAUCAUUUACACAGUUUGCUCUCUGUAAUUUGACUCUACUUGCAUGUGGAGGUGGAAUUCUUUAGUAGCAAUGACUCCAUUAAUGACGACGCUUUAGAAUUUUCAAGUAUUCGCAGUUGAAGGAGUAAUGGAUUCGUAUACUUGACACCUCAAUUCGCGUAGAAAGAUUUUGUAUUUGUUGCUUAUUGCUAUAGUCUAAUUCAGUCUUAAACUCUUCAUCUAAUUUUUUGAAAAAAAAAAAAAAAAAAAAGAGUUGGAUUGGAUUUUCUUUUCCCUUUCUGCUUUGUAAAUUGUAAUGGAAAGCUUGUACUAUUACUUGGGGCUUUUCUUAUUUAUUUUCCUAUUUUACAAAAUCUUGUCCCAUCACAGGCAGAAUUUGCCUCCCGGACCAUUGGCUCUUCCAGUUAUUGGCCACCUACACCUCAUUCAGAAGCCACUUCCCUUAGCACUGCAGACUCUCCAGUCAAAAUAUGGUCCUAUUCUUUUUCUCAAAUUUGGUUGUCGGUCUGUUCUUGUAGUUUCUUCACCAGCUGCUGUUGAAGAAUGCUUGGCCAAGAAUGAUAUAAUAUUUGCAAAUCGACCGCGGUCUAUGGCAGGGGAUCAUUUCACCUAUAACUACUCUUCCUUUGUAUGGGCACCUUACGGUGAUCUUUGGCGAAUCCUACGCCGCUUCACUGUUGUUGAAAUGUUCUCUUCGAAAAGCCUCCAAAAAACUGCUGCUAUCCGUGAGGAGGAAGUUGCUAGACUACUCCGCCGACUGUUUAAGUUCUCUGCUGGUGGAAAGCAAAACGUGGAUUUGAAGUUUCUGUCCUCUGUUCUAAUGUGUAAUGUUGUGAUGAGAAUGACUGUUGGAAAGCGUUAUGUGGAAGAGGAGGUUGAAGGCACAGAGUUGGAGAAGCAAUUGUUUCAAGAAUUCAAGGAGACUUUCUUUCCAAGCCUUACCUUGAAUAUCUGUGAUUUUAUCCCAAUAUUGAGGAUGACUGGUUUCAAAGGGAUAGAAAAGGGCAUGAUAAAACUGCAAAGAAAAAGAGAUGAACAUUUGCAAAAUUUGUUGGAUGAAAUUCGAUUAAAGACAAGAAAUUCAGGAACAUCAAAUGAGGAAGACAAGUCGCUGAUUGAAACUCUCCUGUCCUUGCAAGAAUUGGAACCUGAAUUUUACACAGAUGAAGUUAUCAAAACAAUCAUGCUUAUAACGUUGAUAGCGGGAGCAGAAACAUCAGCAGUCACUUUGGAAUGGGUAAUAUCACUCCUCUUAAAUAAUCCAGAAGUGUUGAAAAAAGUGAAAGCAGAGAUUGACAACCAUGUUGGAAAUAGGCAUUUAUUGAAUGAGUUAGAUCUUGUGAAGCUUCCUUAUCUUAGAUGUGUUAUAAAUGAGACGCUUAGAUUAUAUCCUGCGGGUCCCGUCUUGUUACCUCAUUUAUCAUCUGAAAACUGCACAGUUGGAGGAUUUGAGAUACCAGGCGGCACAAUGCUGCUGGUGAAUGUUUUGGCCAUGCACAGGGAUCCCAAAGUUUGGGAAGAGCCCUAUGAGUUCAAACCGGAAAGGUUUGAAGGAGAUUUAGGGGAACAUUCACAACAAGGCUUCAGGUUCAUUCCAUUUGGUAUGGGGAGGAGAGCUUGUCCAGGUGCGGGAAUGGGUAUACGCAUGGUUUCAGUGGCAUUGGGUGCUCUUAUUCAGUGCUUUGAAUGGGAAAAUCCCGGGCUGGAGGAAGUAGAUAUGAGCCAGACUUUUGGAAUUUCUCUUUCCAAGACUAAGCCUUUGGUUGCUCUGUGUAGUCCACGUCAAGAAUUGGUUGAACUUCUCUCCCAACUUUAGACCCGCUCCCAACUUUUUAUAUUUUGAUAUUAUGAUAUUAAUAUGUUAUACUAUUUGGUUUGGAGAAUCUACUUUCCUAUUAUACUCAAAGAUGAUGCUUACCAAGUAUCACAAUCCUUGUAAUUUUGCUAUUAUAACAGUUUCUAGAAGUCUUUCUAGAAGUCUUUCUGUCA